GAUGGAAUCGUUAGAUCCAGUCUGACAUAUAAACUGAGAACCAACUCCACUCUUUCUUCCAAGUUUUGAUCAAGAAACAGACUGGAUUCUUGAUUCUUCUUCUGAUAGAUGGCAACUCAAACGUGGCUGUUGCUGGGCUGCUGCAUUUUCUUCAUUUCAGCUGAAGCUGCUACUCUUCAGAAUAAAGUUACUGACAAUCCUGCUGAUCAGUUAGUGGCUGCAUUAAAUAGCAAUCGGACGGCACAUAAAUCGUCCACACUUUACAGCAACCCAGGCUUGGCAUGUGUAGCUUUGCAAUACGUAAAAGCAUACCAAGGUGAUUGCGAUGAAGUUGGAGGGCCAAAUGCUAAGAAACCUGCUGAGGGAGAAUUUGCUGAGACAUUUGCACCAAACUGUGGGGUGGAGGUUAAGACUCUUGGACCAAUUACUGGCCGUUUACUGGGGUGUGAGACCAAGUAUGUGAAGCCUGAUGAAGCAUUCUCUGGGAUUCUAAUGAAAAACAGUAAGAGCUUGGAGAUACUGUACAGUAAAAAUCACACAGAGGUUGGUGCUGCUGUAAGUGGUUCAGAUGGUGGUUCUCCCUACUUCUGGUGUGUGCUCUUUAGCAAUGGCACAUCAAACAGCAGCUUUGUCUUGGAGGGAGGUGUGGCCAAGAUAAGCAGGCCUGGAUGCUUUAGUGGUGCAAAUGAUCAGUGCAAUGGUGCCAAUGCUUUGUUCAAAAUCCCUAUACUGGUUUCAGUAGCAGUUGGAGCUUUGAUCUUUUCGCUUUCCAGCUUAGGAGUUUGAUGAUUGAAUGAUUGAAUGAACCUUUUUUUAGGCAUCACUUAGCCCUCUUUUGUUACUUGUUUUUUAUGGCUUGCAUAUUAGGCAUAUUUCUUCUAGAUGCCGAAGUUGAUUCUUUCAAUUUUGAUUGUAAACAAGCGAAAUCAUUGUUGAUAAACUUUUCACACAUUGCUCAUCAAUGGCUCAUUUAUUCUUUUAGGCAAACUACAGUUUUAA